GUGGAGCCCUUUACCAGCCUGUAACUAUGGUAACAUCUCAGGGCCAGGUGCUAACCCAAGCAAUUCCUCAAGGGGCUAUUCAGAUCCAGAAUGCACAGGUUAACCUGGACCUGACCACUCUUCUUGACAGUGAAGAUAAAAAGUCAAAGAACAAACGAGGAGUCCUCCCAAAACAUGCUACCAAUAUUAUGCGCUCCUGGCUUUUUCAGCAUCUUAUGCACCCCUAUCCAACAGAGGAUGAGAAGAGGCAAAUAGCAGCACAGACGAAUCUCACACUGUUGCAAGUCAACAACUG